AUGGUGAAGGACGUUCCUGUGUUCUUCCUCCUGCUCCUCUCGUGUCUGUUGACGAGAACCCGAUGUGAUCCAAGGUCGCGAACGGUGGAGAUCAUCUGCUCGACGCAAUUGGAACACAAUACGACUGCAUAUGUUCCCAAUUUUAUAGCCGGCAUGCAGAGCAUCUCCGAUCAGCUUCGAGUUGGUGGAUUUGGCGUGGCGACGGUGGGUUCUGGACUAGAUGCAAACUAUGGACUGGCACAGUGCUAUGGCGACCUCUCCCCGGUGGACUGCGUUCUGUGCUACGCCGAGGCGCGGACGAUCUUGCCCAAGUGCUUUCCCUACGACGGCGGGCGGAUCUAUCUCGACGGCUGCUUCAUGAGGUCAGCGAAUUACAGGUUCUUUGAAGAGUACACGGGCGCUGAGGACAAGGCCCAAUGUGGGAACACGACGAGGAAGAGUGCACAGUUCGGUCAGUUGGUGAGGAAAGCGGUGUCAGAUGCGACCACCGCGGCGCCGGGCAAUGGAGGCUACGCCAGAGCCUUUGCGACUUCUUCAGGCGCUACGAGUGAAUCGGUUUAUGUUCUGGCUAAUUGCUGGAAGACGUUGAACUCAAGCUCCUGCCAAGCUUGUCUGACGGAUGCAACAGCAUUGGUGACGGGAUGUGUGCCAUGGUCGGAUGGGCGGGCCCUUAAGAUUGGAUGCUUCUUGAGGUAUUCAGACGUGAAUUUUCUGAAUCCUCUGCAGAGAAAUCGGCGUUCAAAAGGUACCCCAUGCUCUCAGAAGAAAACUUAAUGUGGAUGGAGCUUGCCUCGAGCUAAAUCGUCUUCUGCUUUUCCGUGACUUGCAGGGAUCACAAUCCCAAUCGUAUUUGCAGUCCUUAGCUUAGUUGUUGUUAUCGGAGUGGGAACAAUUAUCGGAUAUUUUGUUCGGAGGCGCAUGAUGAUACAAAACAAAAGAAGACGUACUUUGACCUACCUGAUCAUUUCAUUUAUUUCAUUGUCAUCUUUACAUCAUUUGAUUUUAUUUAUUUAUUUAUUGUGUAAGUAAUCAAUCCUCGAGCUCUAUGAAAUACCGAAUGCCAAAUUUUGUGCCACCUUUUUGCAGAUGCAUUUGAUGCAGAGAACAUGAAGUCCACUUUAUGGAACAGUCAUCUAAAUUUCAAAUAUUCUACGCUUGAGAAGGCAACUAGAUCUUUUUCUCCUGAGAACAAGCUGGGCCAGGGAGGUUUUGGUUCAGUUUAUAAGGUAAUCAUUAGCAGAUACUGCAUAAACUUUCGUAUUCUUCACUACCGGGUUUCUGAGACAUGCUCAAUCGUUCAUAUAUUUCGGAGAACCCAACAUUGUUGUGUUGAUCGCGGAUUAACCCCUGUUUCUUAGGGAGUUUUGUCCGAUGGGAGAGAGAUUGCGGUGAAGAGAUUGUACUUCAAUAAUAAAAACAGAGCUUCAGAUUUUUACAACGAAGUGAACAUGAUCAGCAGUGUGGAGCAUAAGAAUCUUGUUCGCCUGUUGGGUUGCAGCUGCGUCGGCCCCGAAAGUCUUCUAGUCUAUGAAUAUGUCCCCAACAAGAGCCUCAACCUCUUCAUUUUUGGUACUCUCAUUCCCCCUUCAGUUCCUAUAGUUUCAUCCACAUUAUUUCCUCUAAGAAACAUGCUUUGUAUGAGUCGUUUAUUUCAACUAGUAUGAUUACCGAGCUUCAUAUUCUUCAUGUUCUUGCGCACAUUAGCCUUGGUUCGGGAGUAAUUCUAUGAUGAACCUUGACAGAUCCUGAAAAAGGACAGUUAUUGGAUUGGCAAAAGAGACUUGAAAUAAUCAAGGGCACUGCCGAAGGUUUGGCCUAUCUCCAUGAGAACUCCAAAGUUAGAAUAAUCCACAGGGAUAUCAAGGCGAGCAACAUCCUGUUAGACAACAAGUUUCGGGCUAGGAUUGCCGACUUUGGCCUCGCGCGGUCAUUCCAAGACGACCAAAGCCACAUCACCACUGCCAUUGCCGGGACCUUGUGAGUUUGUAGGAUAUCAAUAACCCCCAAGACCCAUGCCCAAAGGCUCUCAACUUUCCAUUCUUAUACCUGGUUUGUCGUUUCAGGGGAUACAUGGCUCCGGAAUACCUUGCCCUCGGCCAGCUCACAGAAAAGGCGGAUGUGUACAGUUUUGGUGUCCUUUUGAUAGAGAUCGUCACCGGCAAGUCCAACAACAGGAGCAAAGUCCCUGACAACUCUGAGAGCAUCAUUACUCUGGUAAGUCCUCUAAUCCCUCUCUCUCAUGUCAGAGCUGGCGCAUUAUAGAAUUCUAUUCUCUCAUGCAUACCAAUCUUGGGGCCCUAUCUGAUCUGUUGAGAAAUUCUCAGAUGAAAUAAUUUACUUGGAAAGUCCAUUUCUUUAACAAUAUUAAUCUAAAUAAAUAAAUAUCAGCCGGCCCACGGGUUUAUUCAUAGAAUGAUCAAAUAUGGGACCAAUCAAGAAAUAUUCAUAGCAACAUAUCGAUCUGGCAAUUCCCAUUGUUUUCUAUUCCAGGCAUGGAGGCACUUCCAAUCAGGGACUGUGGAGGACCUCAUCGAUCCAAACAUGAAGCUACAUGACCACGAGAAUCACACCCUCGUGAAGGCCGAGAUCACUAGGGCAGUGCACAUUGGGCUCCUUUGCACGCAGGAAAUACCCUCGCUGCGGCCCUCCUCGCUGGGCGCCCUGCGGAUGCUGCAAAGGAUAGAGGAAACGCUUCCCCAGCCCAACAGGCCGCCGUUCACCGACGAGACGACCAUGGAGCUGCCCAACAUGACCGACGCCUCUCGUCUCUCCGACCGCCAUCUCUUCUCCAUCGCCACCGUCUCCGACACCUCCUUCUACCCAAGGUGA